GGAGCGAACCACACAAAACGACGACGUCAUCAGCGCGCGCCCUCAUAGAGCGAGCGAGCGAGCGAACACAAACUUUUGGGAGACAUCUGCACCGUGUCGGGCUGGCCCAGCAAUGACAAGAAAUCGUGAAAUCAUCCAGCUGCACGUGGGCCAAGCAGGCGUACAGAUGGCCAGUGCCUGCUGGGAGCUGUACUGUCUCGAACAUGGCAUUUUCCCCGACGGUCAAUUCUGUCAGUGUCGCGGGAACAGCAACGACCCGUGCUCGGAAGAUGAUUGCAGUGCGUUCUUUAGCUGCACGCGGGAUGGACGCUGCGUACCCCGGGUCCUAAUGGUCGACCUCGAACCAUCCGUCAUCGAUGAGAUCCGGCUCGGUGCUUACCGCGGACUGUUCAAUCCUUCUACGCUACUGACCGGGAAUGAAGAUGCGGCGAGUAACUACGGACGGGGACAUUACCGUUUAGGUCAAUCGCUGAUCGAACCAAUGAUCGAUCGAGUCCGGCAGCUUUGCGAGAACUGUUCCUCCGUCCAGGGGUUUAUGAUGUUCCGUAGCAUCGGUGGUGGAACCGGUGCUGGCCUGGGGACGUUGCUACAGGAACGCCUCGACCAGGAGUUUAGCGGCAAGGUGUCACGCUUCGAGUAUGACAUUUUUCCCUCACCAAAAUUGUCGCCCGUGAUCGUGGAACCGUACAAUGCGGUCCUGGCAUCGCACGUUUCGAUGGAGCACAGCGAUUGUGCGUUCAUGCUGGACAACGAAGCGUUGUACGAGGUGUGCGAUCGGGGACUGCGCGUUCCGGAACCAACGUACACCAACCUCAACCGAUUGGUGGCGCAGGCUGUGUCGAGUAUUACGGCGUCGCUCCGCUUUACCGGUGCGAUCAAUGUGGAUCUGCUCGAGUUUCAGACCAAUCUGGUGCCAUUCCCACGGAUCCACUAUCCGCUCGUUACUUACGCGCCGCUCGUGCCGGUGUCACGUGGGGAGCAUGAGCAACCGACGACGGGCGAGUUGACGCAGCAGUGCUUCGAGCCGACGAAUCAGCUGGUACACUGUGAUCCACAGGCCGGUCGGUACAUGUCCUGCUGUUUGCUGUAUCGGGGUGAUGUUUCACCGCUUGAUAUUAAUCGGGCGGUGCAGGAGUUGCGGGUAAAGCGAUCGGCUCAGUUUGUCGAUUGGUGUCCGACUGGGUACAAGAUUGGGAUCAACUAUCAGCCACCGAUGGCCGUUCCGGGGGCUGAUCUGGCACACGUCAAUCGGGCACUGUGUAUGCUCGCCAAUAAUACCGCCGUUCGGACGGCUUGGUCACGGAUUGUCGAAAAGUAUCGCGUACUGUACGAGCGGAAAGCGUUUCUGCAUCAUUUUCUCGAUGAAGGGCUCGAAGUGCUCGACCUGGAGGAAGCGAUCGAGAACAUUGCGACGCUGAUUGACGAUUACAAGGAAAUUGAAAAAUGACCCGGCAAUGAUCGUCAGCAAUCGGGCACGC